AUGGCGUCCACCAACGGCUACGGCAGCGUCACCGGCGGCGGCCUCCCCACGCACACGGCCACCUCCAAGCCGCCCGUCGACGACCCGCGCCACCAGAAGCAGCGCCUGCGCCGGCGCCGCGGCUGCCUCUGCUGCGCGUGCCUGGCCGUCACCCUCGUCCUCAUCGCCGUCGUGCUCCUGAUCCUCUUCCUCACCGUGCUCCGCGUGCGGGACCCGACGACGCGGCUCGUCUCCACGCGCCUCAUCGGCGUGGCCCCGCGCCUCACCUUCCCGGCGCUCAGCAUCCAGCUCAACGUCACCCUCCUCAUCACGGUGUCCGUGCACAACCCCAACCCGGCCUCCUUCUCCUUCCCCACGGGCGGCCACACGGACCUCACCUACCGCGGCGCCCACGUCGGCGACGCCGAGAUCGACCCCGGCCGCGUCCCCAGUAAGGGGGACGCGGACGUGAAGCUGGCGCUGACGCUGCAGGCGGAGCGGUUCGCCGGGGACCUGGCGCAGCUGGUCGCGGACGUGGAGGCCGGAUCGCUGCCGCUGGAGGCCAGCACCAGGAUCCCCGGGCGGGUGGCGGUGUUCGGCGUGUUCAAGCGCCACGCCGUCGCCUACUCCGACUGCAGCUUCGUCUUCGGCGUCGCGGAGCUGGGCGUCCGCAGCCAGGAGUGUCGCGACCACACCAAGCUCUGA